AUGGCGGACUACGCCCCACCAACCGGGCCCCCGCCGCCCAAAGUCCCAGAGGGCUACAAAGCCAUCUGGAACGACCAAUACAAAGAAUGGUUCUACGUCAACAUCUACACCAAAAAAUCCCAAUGGGACAAACCCACCGAGCCCGUCUACCCACCGCACGCCUCGGACGAAGCGCCUCCGCCGGGCCCGCCGCCCACCUACGACCACAGCGCGAGCAGGCCGGUGGGGCCGGAGAAAGGAGGAGGGUUGGGGAGCAAUAACCCGUAUAACGCCGGCGGCGGCGCGGAGAGCGAUGAGGCGUAUGCGCGACGGUUGCAGCAGGAGGAGGAUGAGCGGGCCAAACACGCCGCUGGGGGGAGUGCGAGUCGAGGGGCGUCGGAUAGCUACUACGGCGGUGCACAGAGUAGUCCGUACGGCCAGGCGCCCUCGUACCCGUCGCAGCAGCAGACCUCGCCACCGCCACAGCAGGAGAAGAGUCGAGGUUUCUUCAGCAAGUUAUCUGGGAAACUCGGCAGUGGCGGAUCAUCGUCUUCUCCCCGUCCAGGGCAGGGCUACGGCCAGGGGUAUGGAGGCUAUCCACCGCAGCAACAGGGCGGAUAUGGCGGGUACCCUCCCCAACAGCAAGGUUAUGGCGGCUAUCCCCCUCAGCAGGGUUAUGGUGGAUACCCACCGCCGCAACAAGGCUACGGCGGGUACGCGCCCCAGCAACAGCAGCAGCGUCGCCAUGGCGGUGGUCUAGGAGCUGGAGGUGGAGCGUUGCUCGGCGCGGGAGCUGGUCUGGUCGGAGGCGCAUUGCUCAUGGAUGCGUUCGAUGAUCAUGAGCAGGAUGCUUAUCAGGAGGGUUAUCAGGAUGGUGGAGGCGGGGAUGAUUAUGGUGGGGAUGAUUUUGGUGGUGGGGAUUUUUAA